UUCUAAAUACUCAAAAAAAAAAUACUGACAAUGAUAUCUAAAACUUUAUUCACACUCUUGGUUGUGCUGUCGUGCGCCCAGUCCAUUUUUGGCCUCACCAUUAUCACCAAAUCGCAAUGGGGUGGUGCUCCUGCUACCAGCAAAACCUCCUUGGCUAAUGGUUUGUCUUAUGCUGUUAUUCACCAUACCGCUGGAGCCUACUGUUCCACCAAGGCCAGCUGUAUUCAACAAAUGAAAAAUAUCCAAAGUUAUCAUCAAAAAACUUUGGGAUGGGCUGAUAUUGGUUAUAACUUCUUGAUCGGUGGUGAUGGUAAUGUUUAUGAGGGUCGUGGCUGGAAUGUUAUGGGUGCUCAUGCCACCAACUGGAACUCUAAAUCGAUUGGUAUCUCCUUCAUGGGCAACUAUAAUAAUGAUAAACCUACUGCUGCUCAAAUUUCGGCUGCUAAGAGCUUGCUGUCUGCUGCUGUUGCUCGUGGUCAAAUUAAGUCGGGUUAUAUUUUGUAUGGUCAUCGUCAGGUGGGUUCUACUGAGUGCCCUGGCAAUAAUUUGUAUAAUGAAAUUAAGAAAUGGUCUAACUGGAAGGCUUAAGUUGUUAUAAUUUAUUUAAAUGAAAUAAAGAAAACUUAUAUAGAAA